GGGAGAGAAGCUUUCAAUACAGACAGACCUCAUAGAAGAGUUGUCCUUGCAUUCAACGAAUUUCAGCUCUCAUGGGAUCAAAAAACAAAAACAAGAGUAAGAGCAAGGUAUCAAAGCCAGAGGGGGACGCCGGCGCCGGCGCCGGCGCGGCUGCAUUCCGCGGCGGGAGUCAACAAAGUGGAAGCAAAAUUAUCAAGGAUCCCCGGUUCGCGUCCAUCCACACGGACCCGAGGUUCCGCAAAGCUCCGAAGCACAAGUCGAAGGUGGUGCUUGAUUCUCGCUUCAACCACAUUUUCACCGAUAAGAACUUCGCUUCAGCAAAAGCGGGGAUUGAUAAGCGAGGCAAACCUAAGAAGGACCGUCCUCAAAGCCGCCUUAAACAAUACUACAGCCUUGAGGAUGAAGGAGAAGAGGCGCUGAAGCUAGACGAGGAAUUGAAGAGCAAAGAUGCUGAAAGUGAUGAGGAAGAGCAGGAACAAAGCGGCAGCGAAGCUGGAGAAAGCGAGAGCGAAAGUGAGAAGCUGAAGAAAGGAAAUUUGAAGAGUAAAUCAGAUGAAUCAGAGUCGGGAGAAGAAGAUGAGGAGGCUGACAGUGAUGAUUCCUCUUCAACAAGUACAACAGAUUCCGAUGAAGAGGAUGGUAUUUAUUCUGAGGAAGAAGACACGUUUGUGCAGGAAGAAAAUAUACCAGAAAUUGAGGAGGAAACUCACAGACUUGCGGUUGUUAAUAUGGAUUGGGGUCGAGUAAAGGCAGUUGACUUGUAUGUGCUAUUGAGCUCCUUUCUCCCAAAAGGAGGUCAAAUUAAGUCUGUUGCUGUAUAUCCAUCUGAGUUUGGACUAAAGCGGAUGGAAGAGGAGGCAGUGCAUGGUCCUGUUGGACUGUUUGAUGAAGAAAAGGGAAAGAACAAGAAUAGUGAUGAUGAGGACGACGAUGAAAUAGACAAUGAGAAAUUGCGUGCAUAUGAAUUAAGUAGGCUCAGGUAUUAUUAUGCUGUAGUGGACUGUGAUUCAAGUGCUACAGCAGAUUACCUUUACAAAAAUUGUGAUGGAGUUGAAUUUGAAAGAACAUCAAAUAAACUGGAUCUGAGGUUUAUUCCUGAUUCUAUUGAAUUUAAGCAUGAAGCACGUGAUGUUGCAACAGAGGCACCAUCCAGCUAUGAAGGUUUAGAUUUUCAUACUCGGGCACUUCAACAUAGCAAUAUUGAACUUACAUGGGAUGAAGAUGAGCCACAGCGUGCAAGGUCAUUGAAAAGGAAAUUCAAUGCUGAUCAGCUUGCAGAAAUGGAGUUGAAAGAAUUUUUGGCUUCCGAUGAGAGUGAAGCUGAUUAUGAUGAGAAUGGUGAUGACAAUGAAGAUAGACCUGCAAAGAAACAUCAAAAACAGGAUAUGUACCGUGCUUUACUUCAAUCUGGAGAUGGUUCUGACGGUAGUGAUAAGGAUGAUCAUGGGGACAUGGAGGUGACCUUCAACACUGGCUUAGAAGAUUUAAGCAAGCGCAUUCUAGAAAAGAAGGAUAAGCAAUCAGAAUCUGUAUGGGAAGCCUAUCUUAGAAAGAGGAAAGAGAAAAAGAAGGCUAGGAAAAAUAGAUCCAAGGAUUCAUCGGAGGACGAGAGCAGUGAGGAUUCUGAUCAAGAACAUUCAGAUCAAUCUGAUGACUUUUUUGUUGAAGAACCUUCGGCUAGCAGAAAUAAGGAAGUGAAAGGUAAACAUGCCAAGAAACGAAAACAGGAUCAAGAAACAGCCCAAGAAGCUGAAGCAAGUAAGGCAGAGCUUGAGUUAUUACUUGCAGAUGAAAAUGGAGCAGAUGCCAACUUGAAGGGCUAUAAUUUAAAGCGAAGAAAGUCAAAGGAUAAAAAGGGCAAAGCAAUUAUUGAUGAGGAUAAGAUACCAAGUGUAGACUAUAAUGAUCCUCGGUUCUCCAGUUUAUUCACUUCACCACACUUUGCUUUGGAUCCCACAGAUCCCCAGUUCAAGAGGAGUGCAGUUUAUGCACGGCAGCUAGCUGAAAAGGAACGCAAGGUCAACCAAGAAAAUGUUGGGAGAAAAGAGCAGUCUGAUAUAACCAGACCACAGCAGCCAUCCAAAGAAUCCAAGGCAGAAGAGUUGCCUUCAAGAAAAGAGAAGUAUGAACUCUCUUCUCUUGUUAAAUCAAUCAAAAUGAAGUCGAAACAAAUCCAAUUACCCUCUCAAAAUAAGGUGAUGAAGAAAAGUGAAAAACUAAGAGCAAAGACAAAGAAGUAAGACACACCCACAAUACCUCAGACGCUGAUGGAUAUAGAAUGCAGGACAAAGUUCAUCUACAUGAUUGUCAUGUUCUUGGUUGCAAUAUCUUCUUAGCUGGUGUUUGUGGAAUCAAUUUCUUCAAAAUUAGGGACAAGGGAAAGUGGAGUCAAAAGAGUUCGGAUGCAAUUGUCAUCCCUAUUUGUUGUUAGCGGUAAAGAAGUUAUGAGCUGC